CGGGCCGUAGGCUGUUCCAGUCGCUCCUGUUCCUCUCGGCAGGUGGAGCAAUCGCUGGUCGAGUGGUUUUUAGAGCGGGAGCAAUGAACCGUUUCCGAGCCUCGAAAUAUAGGAAUACGGCACCGCGGCUCCCGGCUCGGGCGGAAUGGAUCAGUGACAUUAGAGCAGGCUCUGCUGUCUCCUAUGGGAAUCAUAUAAAAUCAAGCUGUACCUUCAUCGCCUUCAAUGCAAACAGCCCGGGAGGAGGGAGUCUGGGAAUUCUGCCACUGGAAACUGGAAACCAGGUUAAACGGCAUGUGUCAGAGCUUCUGUGUCAUGCAGAUCUGGUGACUGAUUUUGAUUUCUCCCCAUUUGAUGAUGGAUUGCUGGCAACGUGUUCAGCUGAUGCAACAGUGAAGCUGUGGCGAUUACCAGAUGCUGUUGAGCAAGUAUCAUCUGCACGGAAUGUCACUCUCGGACCAGAAGCAGUGAGAGUGGAAUGCGUGUUAUUUCAUCCUUCCGCAGAUGGAGUGUUAGCAAGUGGAGCUGGGAAGACAGCCAAAAUAUGGGACCUGACUCAACAGAAAGCCAUGGCAGCUCUUGAAGAUCAUGGGGACCAAAUCCAGAGCUUGACUUGGAAGAAAGAUGGCUGCCUCCUAGGCUCAUCGAGUAAGGAUAAGAAGCUACGAAUUUUUGACCCCAGAGCUAUGUGCUCAGCUGUGCAGAGUGUUCAAGGCCAUGACAACAUCAAGGAUUCCCGGUUGAUCUGGCUUAACACAUCAGCCACUGUCCUGUCGACUGGGUUUAGCCAGAUGCGCGAGCGACAGGCCAGACUGUGGGACACACGCCAUUUCUCCAGCCCUGUCAACACUUUCACACUUGAUACAGCGCAGGGCCCGCUGAUCCCGAUGUACGAUGCUGACUCUGGGUUGCUGAUCCUGGCUGGAAAGGGUGAUAAUGUUCUACAUUGCUUUGAAGUGUCUGCUGCAGAGACCACCUUAACCCAAGUGAACCAGUGCCUGACAGAGGUGAAGUCCAAGGGCGUUGCUAUGGUGCCCAAACUCGCGCUGGAUGUGAUGUCGUGCGAAGUAAUUCGUGUGCUGCAACUCACUGAAAACUCCAUAGUGCCGAUCAGUUACAGUGUGCCUCGCAAGUCUCUCCAUGAAUUUCAUGAUGAUUUAUUCCCUGACACUUCUGGUAACUUUCCUUCAAUGUCUGCGCUGGACUGGUUCAAUGGAUCUGAUGAGCAGGUACCAAAAAUUUCUUUACACCCGGAUAAACGUACCAGGCAGAGUUUCACCUCCAGUGUUGUGCCUAGCCUGCGGGAAUCUUUAACACAAUUGAGAGAACAAGCUCCAAGGGAACAGAAAGAAAUGGAAGAAGUGCCUUGGGAAACAACAAAGCCAGUUCACAAUGAACAGACAUCAUCAUCAAGUUCCAUCAGCUCAAUGACCUCACCGUCCAUCACCUCUCCAAGCAGCACCAGCUCAAAGUUCAGCGAUUUUGUAACAACCCCUCAAAGUCAGAAAUCUCUGCACAGUAUCUUGGGCAACAAUUCGAAGUUCAGGCACGUGCAGGGCGUAGUGUCUCACCGGGACACACACAUCACUAAUCUGAAAGGGUUAAGUCUGACCACACCUGGCGAGUCUGAUGGAUUCUGCGUGAAUCGUGAGCGAGCUGCAGUUCCACUGUCGGUGUCAGGGGGGCAGAUCGCUGUGCUGGAGCUCUCAAAACCUGGGCGUCUGCCGGACAGCUCCCUGCCCACCAUCCAGAACAACGCAGCUGUCGCUGACCUCAGUUGGGAUCCCUUCGAUUGCCAUCGGCUUGCUGUCGCUGGCGAGGAUGCAAAGAUCCGAAUCUGGAGAAUUCCAAUUGGAGGACUCACAAAAAUCCUCUCCGACCCUGAGAGAACCCUUCCUGGUCACACAGAGAAAAUCUAUUCCAUCAGAUUUCAUCCACUGGCAUCUGAUAUCUUAGCUUCAUCCUCCUAUGACAUGACUGUGAGGAUCUGGAACCUCAGCUCAGGGAAAGAAGAGAUUGUACUGAGGGGACAUACAGACCAGAUCUUCAGCUUGUCCUGGAGACCUGAUGGACAGCAACUGGCAACGGUCAGCAAAGACAACAGAGUUCGAGUGUAUGAUCCUCGGCGUUCAGUCCACCCCGUGCAGGAAGGACCAGGACCUAUGGGCAGUCGGGGGGCACGGAUUUUGUGGGUGAGCGAUGCACGGUACCUACUGGUAUCUGGCUUUGACAGCCGCAGCGAGCGACAGAUCUACCUCUACAACAUGGAGUCCCUGGCAUCAGGACCACUGGCAACUGCUGACAUCAAUCCAGCGCCAUCCACUCUCAUUCCUUUCUACGAUGAUGACACCAGCACCAUCUAUCUCACUGGCAAGGGUGAUACCAGGGUCCACAUCUAUGAGAUUCAGAAUGAAGAUCCCUAUUUCCUGCAGUGCAGCAGUUUCAGUUCCACUGAGCCACACAAGGGACUCUACUUCCUACCUAAGUCUGAAUGCAAUGUGAGGGAAGUGGAGAUUGCACGAGCCUUGCGUCUGGGACACAAUUCCUUAGAGUCCAUCAUUUUCAAAGUUCCACGAAUUAAGAAAGAGUUUUUCCAGGAUGAUAUUUUCCCUGAUACCACCAUGUGGUGGAGACCAGUACUCUCAGCCUCUGCCUGGCUGGCUGGCUCCAAUGGACAGCACAAGAAGAUGAGCCUGAAGCCUAAAGACAUGACCCCAGUGAGUGAAGCCCCUAAAGAGCUCCCAGUCAGGAAAUACAAACCCUCAGCAUUCUACCUAGAGGAAAAAACAGACGAGGAGAAAAAGGAAGAGCUCCUGAGUGCCAUGGUGGCGAAGCUCGGGAACCUAGAUGAUCCCCUGCCUCAGGACUCAUUUGAGGGGGUGGAUGAGGAUGAAUGGGAUGACUAGAUUUCAUCCAGAGACAUCUCUACAGUACUUCAUCUCGUGAUAGACCCUUCAAUUGAUGGAGCUACAGCUUCCUGCAUCAUCAGAUGUCAUUAAUCACAAGCAUGUUUAUGAGCAAAAGCACAUCUCCCUCACUUUCACAGCAUGUCUCCAUCCCCUCACAGCAUUUCUUACUCGCAGCGCCCUUCCCUUGCUCACUCGCAGCACCCCUCCCUUGCUCAGAAUAAUUUCCUUUGCUCAGUCAUAGCACAUCUCACUCAGCACAUCUUCCCCACCCUCACACACUCAGUGACUCUCCAGCACACCUCAUAUGCACUGAGUUGCAUUUCUCAGCACCCACCAUGUACAUUCUUCCCCCAAUCUUCAUACACACAGCCACAACAUUUCCUCCACACAACCCCAGCACUGCCUCUCACCCCACCCCUCCAAAAGCCUCUCUCUUUCUCUCCACUUCCACCCUCCAUAUGGAUUUAUGCCAGGGUCAAUAUUUUGCAUUGUUGCCUUAUCAGGAAUGCACAUUUAUUAAAAAAAAUACUUUCAGCUAAA